UCCCUCCGUUCCAGACACUUUCCCCAACUUGGCGCAUCUUUGAAAAUAUUAGUAUUAUGUCUCUCGUACCAGCGUUUCGCUCUCUCAUCAGACAUUUGUACCACUGUGCUUACAGAACAACACCAGCCAUAGCACACACUCUCUCCUCCUCUUUACUUCCCCAAUUCUCUAUCCCUACAUCACACACACUCUCUCUCUUAUCUUCCUCCCCUAAACCCACUCCAACAUCCAAAACCCUAAAAACCCAUGUCGCUUCCCAAGAGAAAACACUGGUUGUUGAGAAAGGCGAAUGCUUUGCUCAAGCCAACAACUACUCCGAUCAGGUUGCGUGUUCGAGCACAAUCGCAGCCAUUGUCACUUCCUUGGGAGGUCCAGUUGGGAUCGUGAGAUUAUCAGGACCAUCAGCGGUGGCUAUUGCUGCACGCGUCUUUCGUCCGGCCGCCAAAAAGAGGAGGAAGAACGUCUACUCUCCUUGGAGACCCACCAGUCACGUCGUCGAGUACGGCGUCGUUUUGGACCCCAAUGGGAACGUUGUUGACGAGGUGUUGGCUGUACCCAUGUUAGCUCCAAGAUCUUACACUCGAGAAGAUGUGGUUGAGCUUCAGUGUCAUGGGAGUGAGGUUUGUUUGCAUCGUGUGUUGAGAGCUUGUCUAGAAGCUGGGGCGAGCCUUGCAGAACCGGGCGAGUUCACCCUCCGCGCAUUUCUAAAUGGUCGUUUAGACCUCUCCCAAGCUGAAAAUGUGGGAAAACUUAUUUCAGCUAAGUCCGUGGCUUCUGCAGAUGCUGCACUGGCUGGACUUCAGGGUGGUUUCUCUUCUUUGGUGAGAUCACUAAGAAUACAGUGCAUUGAGUUGCUUACUGAGAUUGAAGCUCGAUUAGAUUUUGAUGAUGAGAUGCCACCUUUAGACUUGAACCUGUUUAUGGAAAAAAUACAUUCCAUGUCACGAGAUGUAAAGGAUGCAUUGGAAACUGCCAAUUAUGACAAAUUUCUACAGUCUGGAUUACAGAUAGCAAUUCUUGGUCGGCCAAAUGUUGGGAAGUCAAGCCUCCUUAAUGCAUGGAGCAAAAGUGAGAGAGCAAUAGUUACUGAUAUUGCUGGAACCACGCGGGAUGUUUUAGAAGCCAGUAUUACAGUUCAUGGUAUACCUGUCACCCUUCUUGAUACGGCAGGUAUCAGAGAAACUAAUGACAUUGUGGAGAAGAUUGGCGUGGAGAGAUCUGAAGCAGUUGCUAGAGGUGCUGAUGUCAUUAUUCUGACAGUAAGUGCUCUUGAUGGCUGGACAUUGGAGGACACCAAAAUUCUUGAAAGGAUUCAAUCCAGUAAGAGUGCAGUUUGCUCUUCUUCUCCAAUGGUCCUCGUAAUUAACAAAAUAGAUUGUGCUCCAUCUGCACUCCCUGAAUGGGUCAAUAGCCAUGGCAACUCCUUCAAUAAGCUCAUUUUUACUUGUGCUGUAACUGGUCAAGGGAUACCUGAUUUGGAGGUGGCAAUAUUAGAGAUUGUGGGUCUUCACAGAAUUCCUGUGGUAGGACGCAAAUGGGCUGUGAAUCAGAGACAAUGUGAGCAACUUGUUCGGGCCAAGGAAGCUUUUGCAAGGUUGAAGUUGUCGAUAGAGGAGCAAAUGCCGCUUGACUUUUGGACAAUUGAUUUAAGGGAAGCUGCGUUGGCCCUUGGGCAGAUAAGUGGAGAAGACAUCUCUGAAGAAGUGUUGAGUAAUAUCUUUAGCAAAUUCUGUAUUGGUAAAUAAUGUACGAGUGACCAAGGAUAGGCCUAACAACAGAUUCUGUAAAUUAGAAACACUGUUUCCCCUACUGAUUUAAAACAUAUUUUUUUUCAGGUUUAAUUGAAUAAUUGAUAUAAAUUUGACAAUGAGGGCACUUUUGGCAUAAUUUUUUCUUUUGCUUUUACGCAGUAGUAGUAGAAGAUAUUACUUCCAUUUGACUUAUGAGCUAGCGUUUGCCGAUUAUAUUUUAGAAGAGCUUUUAAGGGUGCUGGGUGCGUGUCAUUUGGACAUCCUUUAGAUAAUUGCGUUGAAUGUUGAGAACAACUUUUUAGCUAUGUAAUCACUUAAAAUUAUGAAACUUGAAUAUGGAUUAUAAUAUUGUACCUGUAUUUAUUUUUGAAUUAAUUUCAUUUACAUUCUCUCAUAUUUGAUUAAUUGUAUAUAAAUAUGUUAUUUUCUGCAGUUGUGACAUCUGGCAGGUAGAUUAGUACACUAUUACUUGCAUUUAGAAAGUAACUACUGAAUGAAACACUUGACGGGCAGGUAAGUAGACAAUUGCCUGCAAUUGGAAAGUGAUCAUUGAAUGGGGCACAUGGCAGACAUAUAAGUGGGUGGUUAUUUGGAAUUGGAAAGUAUAUGGCAGUUGGAAGGAGUAAUGGCGGUUAUUUGGAAAUGGAAAGUAUAUGGCAGUUGGAAGGAGUAAUUGCUUUUGGCCACUGGAUACAAAUAAAAGACGUGGACAGAAUGAAAGACAUCUCCACAAGAAUCAAACAAUUCAUAUUUUCGGUCAGAAGUUCAAGUUUCAAAAAAGAAAAGAAACAAGUGUAUGUGAGUAUCGACUUAAAAAAAAAAAUUCCAUAUUUUCAUUUGUUCGUCAUUUUAAUUAAUGUAAUUUAUGUUUUCUUAGUGUAAUAUUUACUUUUCUGCACAUAUAUUUCUUCCUUUAAUUUUCAGCAGUAGUACUUUAAUUCCUAGUUUAAUGAAUUUUAGGCUUUUCAA